AUGUUUGCUGAUAAAUUGAGAGAGGCCUUAUCGGCUUCUCGCAAGGCAGCACGUGACUUCAGGAGGGCGCUGGAGGAAGUAGCGGAACAGCUUGCUGCCAAUGGUCGCCGAUCCCGGCCUGCUCUUCAAAGGAUUCCUAUCCGUGUGUCCAAUCCAGAGAAUCCACUGUGGCAGCAGCUUCAAAGGCGGCAUUUUUCAACACUUUUGAAAGGCGCCAACAAGAGUUUCUCGCCUGCUACUUUCAUCAACACUCGAGUUACUCUGAAUGUCUCCAACGGUGUUUCUCAUGCUGCACGUUCUGUUCUUUACCGUGUUCAGCCGUUCCGUUCCUCUCUGAGACCUCGUUUUGGAGGCUGCCCUAAUGCUCUUUAUUCCAAUUUUGUUCACCAUAAUGCUCGGAUGUUCUCUACAUUUGGUCCCGACGUUACUGCACAGGCUGUGCACAAUCUAUCACAAGGCUUGAGGGCUUUCUUCGUCAAAGGAGCACAAAUGAAGCUUUCUGCAAAUGCAUGCAAUGAAUCUCAUGUGGGUUCGUUCAACUCUAACGCUGCAUUUGUUGAAUCUAUCAUGGAUUUGGCCAGAAACGAUUUGUCUUCUGGUUCUGCUGGCUGCUUCAUUGAGUUUAAUCUUACUUCGUGUGCCAGAAAUUCCUCCGUCGACUCUCUUCCAACGCAAUGUUUCCUUGACGAGGAUGUCAUGUCUGAUUUGAGCAAUUUUGUCAAGCAAAGAAUUCAAUAUCAGACUCGUGUUAUCAACGAUAUAAUCAUCUUCAAAGAUAAUAUCGGGUCCCCGGGAGGUAAGAGAGUAGUAGCGCCGAAUGGCGACAUUAUUAUGCACUUUUAUUUUCCUAGUUGUGAGUCCACAAAGAUGGAGAUGCUACUAACCGAUUGUGAUAUUACUACAGGCGUGGUUAGAGAAUACCGUUCAGACCAUCAGGACAUUGCUGAUACAUUCGGUAGAUCUUUGUCCUCAUAUGGUUCGAUUCUUUCACCAGAAUUGACUGAAGAUACGUCCAUUGAUUCCAGCUCUGAUUGGUACGAAGUACAUGAAGAUGUACUCUCCUCUGAGCUCGAGUCUCUGACUAUUCCUGAGUACUUUACUCCGAUAGAGCAUUCUGGUCUUGAAUCUCCCGCCAUUUCUGUUAGGUGA